GUACUAAACGGGCUUUCUUUGGUUAGUGUCAGAUGACGUUGAGUGAGGCGAUGUGUUUUGCAGCUUGAGAAAAAAAAACCUUAACAGAAGACUCUAGGAACGCUUUGUCAUGUUCCACACUCCCCCCUGUGUGUGCGGGACAGCUAUCAUUCCUCAGAGGUCCACAGUUUGACGCUCUGUCCUCCUCUCUUGCUUGAAGAGUAACCGGAUGCUGUUGUUUUGAAAUUAGCAGCUCGCUGCUGUCUCGCGCUCGCUCACCACCAACACGCUCGCGCUUCUUGUCCUGUCGAGCUCGUGUCCCCCUGAUUUCCUUACACCUUUGAGUUCUUGUGACCAUGGCUGUUAAUAAAACCUACAUUAGUAUCGGCUACGCCUCGUUCGGGAUGCUGAUGGGGUUUUCUGCUUUCCUGACGUGGAACAUCGUGUUCAAGCAGCCGUGGACUGGAGCCAUGGGAGGGCUGUCAGGUGUGCUGGCACUGUGGACUCUGAUCACCCACACCAUGUACCUGCAGGACUACUGGAGGACCUGGCUGAAAGGCCUCAAGUUCUUCCUCUUUAUUGGGGUUUUCUUCUCUGUCGUGGCUGUGGUCGCCUUCAUCACUUUUCUGUCUGUGGCCAUCCACAACAAGGAGUCCCUCACCGACCCCACCAGCCUCUACCUGUCCUGUGUGUGGAGCUUCAUGAGCCUCAAGUGGUCUUUCCUGCUCUCUCUGAGCGCUCACCGCUAUCGCAAGGAGUUUGCAGAUAUCAGCAUCCUCAGUGACUUUUAAGAACACAUCAGUCCUGCAUAUUGUACGUACAUGGACUCUGGGGUAACUUGCUGGGCUGGCUUCCCAGCAAGAAGUGAUGAUGGACAUUUUAAGAGGAAUCAAAGGAGAUUUUAAAAUACUUCAUGUCGUGGAUGAGCACCCUGGUCCUUGGCCAAACCUCUCCCAAACCUCACUUUUGUGUGUGUGCGUGUGUGUGUGUACGUAUAGGGUUUGUUGAUGACUGUGCCAACACACACAGUUCUGUUUUAUAUGACCCCUGUUUGAUUUAAUAUUUACCUGCUUAGUCAUGCAUAUGCAGUUUUCACAUGACAAACAAAAUCCUUAUUAACCAUGACUCAGUGAAGGGAACUCCUGCAUUACAACACACUCCUCAGUGGUAAUUAUCAGCUGCAGUUUCAUGUUGUGGCCACUGGAGGGUGCCAUCGUCCAAACAGUGCAACAUAACCAUGCUUAGCUUUAUGCUGAACAUCCAAACUUACAUCUACUUAUUAUAUUCCUUCUACAGUUUCAUGAAGUAGACCUUGUUACCACCCACGAGUUGCACAGGUGAUCAUGUGAUGAAACCUGUGAAUCACAGAGAGAGGUACCUAUAGUCAAAAAACAGUAUUUUAUUGUCAGGGUGUAGCAGCUCACGUAUGCUUUUCAUGUGCCGCUCCAAAGCACCAGGUUCUUCACCAUGAACGGGCAUUUUAAUAACACAAUGAGUGAUUUUUGUAAAGUUUUUUAAUCUGUGUGACAUAAAACACACAAGAGUUUGAAAUUCAUCUAGUAGUGAUGCCACUAAUGUGCAUGCAUGUUGCUUUAUGUUAUAUUGUCCUCAUAUGGAUCAUUUAUGACACUUGAGUUGUUGCUUAUUGAGAUUAUUUAGCCAAUUCACCUGUAAAUGUACAUUUCUGUUCAUUAUUAUGUCAAAAAUGAAGAUGCAGCAUUGUGUAUUCACAUGUAUCACCUGAUUGAAUGAAGAGGAGUGUGUGUUUGUAUAAGAGUGUCUGAGUAUCACAUUAAUAAAUAUGUUUUUAAACAUG